AUGGAAGAAGAGCCGGAGGACUCGCAACGCAACCGGACUGCGCCAGGCAAUCGCAGAAUCCAAGCUUGUCCACCCAACGAGAAAAUAGCACAGUGGCUUUCACCACGCAGUGAUCACUUUCCCACUCCGCGAGGGUUCCAUUUCUUAUCGGCCCCUAUACUACCAGAGUCUCCCUCGACCGCCUCUAUCGAUGAGAGUAACUCGCCGUCCACUGCUACUUCCAACCCGUGGAACCGGACCAGUGUUAGUACUGAUGUCACAGAGUUCGACGAUAUAUAUGACGUCUCCGGCGAAGAGGAUACUCGACGCAAGCCGACAAGGACAUCGUCGUUGAGGCGUCGGAGCAGUUCUGGUGUUACCAUGCCAAAGCGACUGGCAGUUGAAUCGCCGGCCUCCCACCGUGCUCUCCCGCCUCUGGUCAUCCCAGGCCAGCGAGAUCAGAACGCUGAGGCCUGGUCAGGGAGACCCGAUUUCAAGAAACUCAUGUCGCCAGUGCCACCCACACCUCCCGCCAAAGUCGAGAUGUCGCCAGCGGUGAUCUCUUUCUUGCAGUCGCAACAGUACCAUGAAGUCCCGACCAUGUCGGCACCACCUUCUCUUGAUGGAAGUCUGAGUUCUGAGCAGUUGGCUGCCAUGUCUGCACCGCCGACACCAGUCAUCGGAGCAGAUGACCAUGCUCACGGCACUGGCUGGUCUGGCGUGCAACUGCAGCCUGCAGCGCUAGCAACUUUGCAAGCUCUAUCAAGAGGUGAGGACAUCGAGGAGGACUACCAGCCCGAGCAGGUGAUUGAGUACCAAGGCGGAAGACUGCCGGAGAUGUCCCAACAGACACCACGUUUGUUCUCGUCUACUUCACGACCAGCAUUAAGACUCGCGACCGAACCACACCAGCAGUCUCUUCAUGGGCUGACAAGACUCGAUAUUCCCUCGCCAGGGGGUUUCUUCUCUGGAUUAACCCCUCGUACACGGCACACUUGGCACUUGCCUUCGAUGACCCCUGAAGAUGUUGCGCCGCCUACCUCGACUACUGCUGAGCAAUUCUACCGCUGCCCGUGGAACGAGGCUGCUCCUCCUGUGCCCUCUUUGCCCAACUUGCCUCCUCCACCACCUCGUCCCACGCAUUUUCUCAACAUCUCGAGCCCGCAAGCUCCAGUCGAACAGGUGGUUGAGAUAAGAGGCACAAUGUCAGAUGGUAUCCCAACCGCCAGACCAGUCAUCCUCGAGCAGGUUGUUGAAGCUAGACCCGGUCUGCCAGAAGGCCCCCCAACAGCAAUACGCAUUGAACGGAAUGAUGCUCCAACCUCCCCUGCUAUCCAGGGCGAGCCCACAUCUCCAACCGAGGGUAUUGUUGCGACCGAAAUCGUGACUGACCACGACCCGGGAUACACCAAGAAGCAACAAGAAGCAGCCCUGUCCAACCUCGACCGGACAGAGUUGUGGCUAAUGGCUCAGAAGGCUUACCUUGCGCCUAUCGAGCUUCAGGACGAUGUUCAGUCCGAGCCAGAGUCCGAAGCAGAGACUGUGGAGAUCCAUAUUGAGGAAGAUCCAAAGGCAAAGGAGCCUGAAGACUUGUCUACACCGCAGAAGAAGAAAACCGUGCGCUUCUCUGAAAUUGCCAUCAGGAAAGACAUUCCGCGAAGCUUGCCAUCCAAGCUCAUGCGUCAAGAGUCGGCCUACUAUCGCGCCUUUCAGGAUUACAUCAUUCGCUCCCGCACUCAAGACACGUUCGUCCACCGCCUUCCGCGCUUCGAAGCCCUCCAGGCUCAGCGCAUCUCUCUGCGAGAGGCCCACCGCAACCAGCUCCUCGGCAAGCACCAGCUCUCCGUGGUGCCGCAGUCAGCCAGGAAGCGCAUGAGCGCCAAUGUCGUGCGCGGCGACGACGUUCUAGUGGACGACCCAGAGAAGCUGAAGCGUGAGAAAGAGCAUGAGGCCCUGAACCAGAUGUCAAUGGCCAACUGGCAUGUGAGCGCAACCAAAGCGCUGAAUGGUGGCCGACUGUUCUCGGCUCCCAUCGCCAAGCGCCUCGCUCGUCUUUCACGCAUCGGUGGCGCCAAUGACCGGGCACGUAUCCUCGACCUCGGGGGACAGGCCGCCUGCGACUGGGCUUGGCACUGCGCCAUCAUGUACCCCAAUACCAAGGUCUACACGGUGACGACCAAGGCGAUCCGGCAGCUAUCCAACUCGAACGUGCGCGGCCCUCCCAACCACCGCCAGGUGGCCGUGGAUUGGCUCACGCGACUGCCGUUUCCGGACGCGCACUUCGACCUUGUGUCGGCGCGUGAGCUGCACUCGGUGCUCAAGUUCAUCGGUGAGAAUGGCGAAGAUGAGUGGGAGGGUUGCUUAAGCGAGGUGAUGCGCGUGCUCAAACCCGGUGGGUACCUCGAGUUCUCGCUGCUCGACUCUGAUGUCGUCAAUGCCGGGCCCCUGGGCCUGGCCAAGUCGGUCGAGUUCGGCUUCGCCCUGAAGACACUCGGCUACGACCCCAACCCCACGCGGUUGUUCCUGGGUCGCCUCGGUAGGGCGGGCUUCGAAGGCGUGCGCCGCGCCUGGAUGUGCCUGCCCAUGGGCGGCAAUGAGGAGAAGCGAAACGUCUCGCGCGACAGCGCUGGCGUCGAGCGAUCCCUGGAGCUCGAGGCUAUGGUCCAGGGCAGUACUGCGGCCGCAGCCAGCGUGACCGGGCUCGCGGGUGGCUGGAGCUGGGAGCGCUGGCUGCUGCGCUGCGAGAUGGAGAAGGUGGCGUGCGAAGACCGCUCGCUGAACAUGUUCGAGCCCGCGGACAUGCGCGAGGCGGGCAAGUGCCUCGAGGGCGUGCACGAUGUCGUCGAGGAGGGCCGCCGAUGUGGUGCGGGCUGGAGGGUGCUUAAUGGGUUUGCGAGGAAGCCGAAGAGUUCGUGA